GAGAUGAACGCGAGCGCCUCCUCGCUCAACGAGUCGCAGGUGGUGGCGGCGGCGGCCGAGGGAGCGGCGGCGGUGGCCACGGCGGCGGGGGCGCCGGACACUAGCGAAUGGGGACCUCCUGCUGCGGCGACUGCGGCGCUGGGAGGCGGCGGCCCGGCUAACGCGUCGCUGGAGCUGUCGUCGCAGCUGCCCGCGGGGCCGCAGGGGCUGCUGCUGUCCGCCGUCAACCCGUGGGACGUGCUGCUGUGCGUGUCGGGGACGGCGAUCGCGGGCGAGAACGCGCUGGUGGUGGCGCUCAUCGCGUCCACCCCGGCGCUGCGCACGCCCAUGUUCGUGCUGGUGGGCAGCCUGGCCACCGCCGACCUCCUGGCAGGCUGUGGCCUCAUCCUGCACUUCGUGUUCCAGUACCUGGUGCCCUCGGAGACCGUGAGCUUGCUCACCGUGGGAUUCCUCGUGGCCUCCUUCGCCGCCUCGGUCAGCAGCCUGCUGGCCAUUACAGUGGACCGCUACCUGUCCCUGUACAAUGCACUCACCUACUACUCGCGCCGGACCCUCUUGGGCGUGCACCUCCUGCUGGCCGCCACCUGGACGGUGUCCAUCGGCCUCGGGCUGCUGCCGGUGCUGGGCUGGAACUGCCUGGCCGAGCGAGCCACCUGCAGCGUGGUGCGCCCGCUGACGCGCAGCCACGUGGCGCUGCUCUCGGCCGCUUUCUUCACGGUCUUCGGCAUCAUGCUGCACCUGUACGUGCGCAUCUGCCAGGUGGUGUGGCGACACGCGCACCAGAUCGCGCUGCAGCAGCACUGCCUGGCCCCACCCCACCUCGCCGCCACCCGGAAGGGCGUGGGUACGCUGGCCGUGGUGCUGGGCACUUUUGGCGCCAGCUGGCUGCCCUUCGCCAUUUACAGCGUCGUGGGCAGCCGCGAGGACCCAGCCGUCUACACCUAUGCCACCCUACUGCCCGCCACGUACAACUCGAUGAUCAACCCCAUCAUCUAUGCCUUCCGCAACCAGGAGAUCCAGCGCGCCAUGUGGCUGCUGUUCUGUGGCUGUUUUCAGUCCAAAGUGCCCUUCCGCUCAAGGUCCCCUAGUGAGGUUUGAAGACUCUCCGCCACCAUCCCCACACCACCACGACCACCACCACCACCACCACCACCCCGCAACAGGUCGGCCUUGGGUGAAGUUCUCAGUGCCUGCUGCUGAACUCAGGAUGCCAGUGGGGUGAAACGGGCUUUGGGAAGAAAGCCCCCCCACAUGAGAGAAGCCGAUCAAAACAGAGAGUUCAACAAGGACAAAGAGGCUUGUUGGCGCAUAACAUAUACAGUGUAUACAUGUGUACAUAUAUAUACAAAU